AUGGAGGAAGUGAGUUUAAACUACAAACUGAGCUUUGGACUGUUAACUGGUGCAAUUCUAAUGUACCCGACCGUUUUAUUUGUGGUGUUCAAACUUACAAAGGAGAUCCAGUUGGUGGCGAUGUCAUUCAAAGACCAAGCUUCAUCACUAUCAAAGGAGAGAAAGCGAAGUGAGAAUCUUCUGUGCCGGAUGCUGCCUGUCUCUGUGGCUAGGAAACUGAUGAGAAACGAGAAAGUCGAACCCAGACUGUACAAAUCAGCGACCGUGUGUUUCUCUGAUAUUGUUGGUUUCACCACAAUAUGUUCCGGGUGUACACCAUUCCAGGUCGUAGAUUUACUGAAUCUUCUGUACAACACAUAUGACUCAAGACUUGAAAAAUACGACGUAUACAAAGUUGAAACUAUCGGCGACGCAUACAUGGUCGUUUCCGGUAUCCCGGAGACAAACGGCGAGCUCCACGUCAGUGAGAUUGCGUUUUUAGCUCUCGAUCUUUUGGAUGCUACACACAAACUUGAUGUUCAAGAACUUGCAAAUAAAACACUCCGUUUGAGCAUUCGUAUCGGCGUAAAUACAGGCCCUGUAGUGUCGGGUGUGGUUGGCGUCAAAAUGCCGAGGUUCUGCUUAUUUGGGGAUACUGUCAACGUAGCGUCCCGCAUGGAAUCCACGGGGAAACCUCAGAAGAUACAGUUAAGUUCUAAUACUGUGGAAGCAUUACACCGGUUCCCUUGCUUUCAGACACAAGAGAGGGGGUUUGUGGAUGUCAAGGGAAAAGGUGAAAUGCGGACCUCUUGGUUAUUACCGUCUAGUUUGUCGCCGAGUAGUCACGUUCGCAUGCAGCCUCCUCCGGAUCACGCUGCUACGACAAACAUGUGUGGAGUGUAGGACAUUAAUAUCAUCACGAUGGCACAGCAUGCUUGAGGUGACAUGGUCGUUGAUUAGUCGACAUGAACUGUGCUUUUACUGUUUUUCAUUCACGAAACCGUUCAGGCUACUCAUGUUCUCUGACAUGUUUCCUUUAUAGCAAGAAAUACGUUCCACAUGUAGAUACAUUGAUGUCAAUCUGUUUAAAAAGGACAAUUUUCAGAGAUUUGUUUCAUGAUGUUUGCACGUAUAUACUGAUUGUAGAUAAAAUGUUUCAAACUUUCAAGCAACCUACGUUUUAUACAUUUUAACAAAAACUAAAUAAUAACCAUUAAAUACGAUUAUUUUCUGUAGAAAUAUUUGCACAUUUGAAGGAAUUGUAGACUCCCUGUGCCGAAUGGAAACCUGGAGCAUCAGUAUUUAAAAAUUCUCACACGGUUACUCCAGACAAAUAUUACCUUAAAAAACUAAAAACAAAACGAAAUAAAAACUUGUACCUGAAUAACAUAAAGUAGUUUUUCUCUUAGCAUAAGCAAUAAAUUUAACUAAUAAAUAGUCACUCUACGAAUUAUAGGAAAAUUAAAAAUCUAUUGUUUUAUCGUGCAAGCCGAGGUGAAGGUUCGUCUUUCUUCACCUGCCCUUCCUGUAUCAGCGCAUAGAAAAUGGAUAGCAUUGACUGAAAACAUAUCUGAAACAAUGUCCU